UUAUUUUUCAACCUUCCGUAAAUAUAAAAACCAAGAUAAGAGGAUAUUCUAAGAAAUUCCUGCAAUUCGCAAGACAGCCAAACCUUGUGCAAGCAAAAAUGGAGUUAAAAAAUAAAUGGUAGACAAUAAAAUGUGAUUUUAUAGCUGGCAAAGUAGAAUUAAUUAUCAGGUCUCAGUCGGGAAAGUACAAAUUGAUAAGAAAGCGCGUAGAGAGUCUAUAUAAGCAGAGGCCCGGCAAUUGUUCGAUUCACAGUCAAGAUGCAGAGCUUUUCAGUAGUAGCAAUCAGUCUGGUUCUUUUGAGCUUGUCGGCCGUUCAGGCGAAUAACGUCUCGGAAUCCAUGGAUAACUACAUCCUCCAGAACCAGCGGCAGUACGACGCCAAGCUUAAACUUUUGGAGGAUCAGCUGGCCAACUUUAGGACCCUGUUUGCCAAGCGGAUUGAGGCCCUCAAUAUGCAGGCAGAUUCGAUGCAGUUCAAACUGGAGGAGGCCGCCGCUCGCCUGGAUCCCAUCACUCUGAUCGAUCCCUGGAGCAAACAGUGUGUUCAGAACUAUAGCGUCGCCAUCCCAACGAUCGCCAGCGCUCGAUCCUCUAUUAUUAAGUGUGCGGAAAACCUCAAUGGGGUUUUGAACUCACCCGAGAGUACCUACAACUCCCUUAAUAGUUACUAUAAAAAUAAUUUGAAGAACGCUUUGGCACAAUGUGUGAGGCUCCAUCCGAAUGCCCACUUCAAUUACACGCUCUGUGUGUCUAAGGUGAUUGGUGAUGCCAAUAAGUACACGGUGACCAGCCAGAAUAACUUCAAUACUUACCUCAAAAGUUCCGAGUGCACCGCCGAAAGUCGCAUUCGAACUUCCUGGCAGUGCUCCUUUGGACAGGUGUACUCCAUCACCUCCAGCGUGGAAGUUGCCCAGCGACUCGUGGAAUUAUGCCUCGUCAAUCGAGAGGUUUGCGGAUCUGUUGUCUGCUCCCAGCCCUCUUGUCCCAAUGUCACGAACGUAACUCUGGCGGAGAUCAAUCCUCGCAAGGAAACCAUCAACAACCCCUUCACAUUUGUGACCAAUGGUAUGAACUGCCUGACGUUCAGGAUUACUGGUUAAAUUCGCAGACCGGUUAAAUCAUCAUACACCGUUUAAAGCAUAAGAGGGCUAAUACUUAUUGGUAUUACAAAAAAAGUCAUUAUUUUUAUUGGUGUGUUAAAUUCCAAUCUUUUUAAAACUAUUAUUGAGUAGCUACGGUUUUUUUAAUUAAAUGAAUAGCUAAAUAAAUGUACAUGAACAUUAUCACAAACAA